AUGGAGGUUAUCAGCCAGAAGCUCACCUGGGAAGAGUUGGACCCUCAACUCGGCACGGUUCUUGGCAGUUCAUCCACCAAAGUGCGAUUGGCUGCUCUGAGCAGAAUUGACGCUCUUGUACAGACAAAAGGAGUUCCCGAACAGUAUCUCGGGAGAUUAUCGUUGGUUCUGCUGAGGACUUUCUGCUACUACCAAGAUCCAAAAUCCAGAACCGCAGUCACUGAGGGCUUGAACUCGAUAUUGUCUCUGGAUCCGGAGAUAUUUGCUCCCAAGUAUCUGAGAUUUAUCCUGGAGUGUUCCAGAACCGAGAAUAGCAUUGCAAUCACCGAUGUGUUGACUCUGCUUGACUGGUGUAACCAAUUCUCCGUUACAUUGGCUAAGCUCGGCAAAUUCGACAAAUAUGCCAAAGAAAUCAUCACGUCGCUGACACAUUUGCUUGAAGCAUGUUGUACAUAUUCAGGCUCCCAUGAUCAUAAUGGUGGUACGAGGCAUAAGAAGAGAGUAUUGCAAUCUGCUAUUACCCAGACGAAGUACACGGUCAUGAACACGCUCUCGGCAAACGGAUCUGAUUCGUAUGGAUAUCUUUCGGACUACCUUGCAAUCUUUUCUGAUGAUAAACAGUCUCAUCCUACUCUAGGUCUUUUGACCCUGCUUGGGAUUUUGUCUCAGGCAGCUAUCGAUUUGCUUCCUCGUCAUCCGGAGAUAUACAACAAUUUUUCAGCACAGAAAUCUGUCUUAUUGGACUACUUCAGCAAGAAAAUUUUGCUGGGAAAACAUACAAAGGAGCUGAGCCAUGCUUUGACAAUUUCAGGGUCGUUUUUCGAGGAAUUUGUUGGGCAGAAAGAUGUCGAUGAUGUCUUGGUCCCAGCCCUUGAGAAGGCAAUCCUGAGAUCUUCAGAGAUCGUCUUCACACAGAUAUGCGGACCAUUGGUCACCUCAUUGCCAUCAAAAAUAGAUCUAGUCAAAGAUACUGUGGAGGGUAAACUAUUGUCUCAGCUGUUUUCUGCCUUCAAAUCAUCAAAGGAAACUGUCAGGGCAGGCGCUUCCAAUACCAUGGAGCUCAUUUUAACUUUGCACUCUUCAGGUGCAACCCCAGAGAUUCUCUUGAAGGUUGUGAAUGAGGCUUUUAAAGCUGUCAAGGGAGUUUCGGCUGCAGACCAGAAGGUCUUUUUCGCAACGACCUUGAAAGCUGUACCACCAAUCUCAGCCGAAGUUUCUUCCACAAUUCUUCUUGGGUUGCUGCCUUUGAUCUCUAAGGACCUCAACGAGACUUCAUUAGCUGGCUAUUUGGAUGCUCUCUUUUUGCAUGCUACUGCUUCUGUGAAGGCAGGUUGGGAUUUGGAUGACAAGGUUUUCAGUGCGAUCAAGGAGGGACUGUCUGAUAAAAGACUUAAUUUGCGCAGAGUUUGGUUCACAUCUCUUGCGUAUGUGUUCGACAAAGAUGAGAAGCUACGCGAGUUUUUGAGCCAGUUUUUUGACCUCUUUGUCUCGUGUAUUCACGAGGCUAUCGCUUCUCCUCUGCCAACCGUUACGAGUAAAGGUAUUGCGUCCUGCUAUGUUGCCCUUUACUUGCUUGGUGAAACUGGGUUUCAAAGUUUCUCGCAAAUUGCCCUGGAGUCUCUGUCUGAGACACAAAAACCAUCUGUUGUGCUCAGUCAUCGUGUUUACUCCAAGCUUAGUACCCAAGAGGAACAGAGAUGGUACCUUAAGGCUCUGGGAGUCACUACUCCGUUUGCCACAGAGGCUGUGAGUUCAGAUCUGGGUGAGGCGUGGUUGUUUACCAUCAUGUCAAGCAAGAUAGCUUCUGACUUCAGAAGAGAAGCUGCGGUCGACUUAAAGAGGCUGUGUGGCUCAGAUAAACAGGAAUUGAUUGCAACUUCCGUUGUGUUUUCUUUGCAGAAAGUUUUGAGCACGACGGUUGCUGACGACGACCAGCUUUGUCUCGUCAACAGCAACUCUUCGGCUGUCAUUUCCAGCAUCACUCAAGGUCUUACCACUGAGUCCGUUCUUGAAAAAGUGCUGAGUGAUCUUCUGAUGAUCUGCCUGCAUCCAAACCUCAACAUCAAGGAUCGUUGGGUGGGUGUUUGUCAACGUGCUCAGACUGAUCCUCACCACAUUCUAUCUCGUUUUUCGGAGUCAGUUUUGAGCUCUGCUAUAUUGAUCCUGAAAACGGCUACUGCUGAUACCCAUUCAACCAAGAUCUUCGAUGCAGCCGUCAGCGCCAUCUCCACUGCAGCGUAUAUCGCGCCUGAGGUUGUCAUUCCACAGAUCCUUCACUUUCUCGAGGAAGCUCUCAGCUCUUCUACCCUCUCAACUGUGUCCGAAGAAAGCAUUGCUAUCUGGAAGGGAGAAGAAGGCAAGAUGGUGUUCAAUGUGUUGCAGAAGAAGAGCAAUGUCGAAGAAAACAAAAACUCCAAAGACUAUGAAACCAGAAAGUGGGAGGAGAGCAUAAAGAAGGAGAUCUCUAAAAAGCAUGAGCCCGUCAAGAAACUGACCAGAGAGGAACAAUUGCUUGUGAACGAGCAACUUAAGAAGGAAUCUGAUAUCAGAAGAGAGACUCAAAAUGUUUUCAAUUCUAUCUCUGCUGGUGUGGUCAUCAUAAACUCUCUUGUGAAAGAUGCUGCUUCCUUUGACAAUGCUUCUAGUGUCUGGUUUCCAGUAACAGUCACUCGUCUUCUCGCGCUUCUUGAAAUUCGUCAAUGCGACAGUCUGAUGGGAGACGUUGUCUCUGACUCUUUCUUGAAGCUCUCUGAUGUGAUAUCCGAUCGUUUGGGUCCAGCUAGGCUUUUCGUUGGGGUUGCAACGCUUCGUUUGUAUGAGAUUCCUUCUGUUCCGCACCACCUGGUUUCAGAGCCUCUUCCCGAUCUUCUGUCCAGGAUCCUGUUCAGAGUUAAGUUUCUUUCUGACCAGGCGCGUUUCGACACUGCCACUCUGAUCUACCUUCUUCCCUUGCUAAUCAAAGUUCUCGAUGUAGGGACCAAAGCAAGUUUGAAAAGCGAGAAGAUGCCCCAGGCGAAGUUGGAGUUUGUUGAGGAAGACAAGGAGGAAGAACAGUUGCUUCUGGCUACAGAUAUCAUUGGAGCCCAUGCAGAAACUUUCCAAGACAAGUCCAUUCCAAGACGUCCAAUUAUCCAGGCCCUUCUCUCUCUGAUGGAGAUUCCAUCAAGAGCUAAAACCUCAAAGGAGUGUUUCUCAGCUCUGUGUCAACACAUUUCUGUGUCCAUUAGUGACGCUGAUCUCUCCUUGAUCAUGAGCGGUGCUGUUAAGCACCAGGCGUUCGUGCGUUUGGCGGUACUCGAAGCUUUGGACUCGGAGUUUGAUCUCACCGAUCUGGGAUUUUCAAGCGAGAUCUGGAUCGCAUGUCAUGAUAACAUUGAGCAUAAUGCCGAGAUAGCUAGGACAAUUUGGGAGGAGAGUGAAUUCAAGCUGGACAAUUCUUCCCCAAAGAAGCUUAUUGCCUUCUUGGGUGACAGUGAUGCUGGUAUCCGUCUAUCAGCCGCAAGAUCCAUAGCGGCUGCCACUGAGGAGCUAGGACCAGAAGUAUUCAACAAAACGCUGGAUGACUUGAUUGAGCUUUACAAGCUCAAAAAGGAUCCACCAGGACCACAACUGGAUGAGUUCGGUCUGGUUAUCAAGACCUCACUAAACCAGAAAGAUCCAUGGGAAGAAAGAAGUGGUGUUGCCUUGGCUUUGAAACACAUGGCUUCUCAGUUUGACGCAGAAACUACCAGCAAGAUCAUCACCUUCCUAGUUUUGGGAAAGGCAUUGGGUGACAAAGAAUCCAGUGUUCGUCAAGAAUUGCAGGAGGCUGGUGUCGCCAUUAUCGAGGCCCAUGGUGCCACCAACGUCGAGACCUUAAUCCCCAUCUUUGAACAGGGUCUAUCUGUCAAGGAUGAUGGAACCAGAGAGCACGAUAGUAUUAAGGAAAGUACUAUCAUUCUGUAUGGUGCUCUGGCGCAGCAUUUGGAUUCUUCAGAUGCCAGACUGGAGAAUAUCAUCUCAAGAUUGCUCAAGACUCUGGAUACUCCGUCCGAAGAUGUCCAGUUUGCUGUCUCAGAGUGUUUGGCCCCUCUUGUGCCAAAGGUCACCGAAAACCUUGGUGGAUACUUUGACAAACUGUUUGACAACCUCUUUGAUGGCAAGUCGCUUGCUAAGAGAAGAGGUGCAGCUUAUGGUAUUGCCGGUCUCGUGAAAGGUUCUGGUAUCAAGUCCUUAGCCGAUCACGAUGUGAUCAGAAGACUUACUGAUGCUGCAGAUGACAAAAAGAACGCCAAACGCCGUGAAGGUGUCAUUUUUGCGUUUGAGUGUUUGUCUCAGAGUCUGGGUGAGCUCUUCGAGCCUUAUGUCAUUGAAAUUCUUCCAAUAAUCUUGAAGAGUCUUGGUGAUCAGGCUCCAGAGGUGCGUGAAGCGACCGACUUUGCAACCAGAGUUAUCAUGAAAAGGACCACUGGAUAUGGUGUUAAGAAGCUCAUUCCUCUAGCCGUUGAGAGUCUUGAUGACAUUGCCUGGAGAAGUAAGAAGGGUUCCGUUGAGCUUUUGGGUUCCAUGGCAUACUUGGAUCCAACACAGUUGUCGACGUCGCUGUCUACCAUUGUGCCUGAGAUUGUUGGUGUUCUUAGUGACUCCCACAAAGAAGUCCGUAAGGCUGCCGAACAGGCCCUUAAGAGAUUCGGUGAAGUCAUUCGUAACCCCGAAAUCCAGGCAUUGGUGCCUGUUCUCAUCAAAGCUAUUGGUGAUCCUACCAAGUACACCACAGAAGCCUUGGAUGCUUUGAUCGAGACCAAGUUUGUCCAUUACAUUGAUGGACCUUCUCUGGCUCUAAUCAUUCAUGUCAUCCACCGUGGUAUGAUUGACAGGUCUGCCACCACUAAGAGAAAGGCCUGUAAGAUUGUUGGUAAUAUGUCUAUCCUGGUUGAUAGCAAGGAUCUUAUUCCUUACUUGCCCGCCUUGGUCUCAGAGCUGGAAUCUGCAAUGGUAGACCCAGUGCCAGGUACCAGGGCUACUGCUUCCAGGGCUUUGGGUUCGCUAGUUGAAAAACUAGGAGAAGAGAGAUUUGCAGACUUGAUCCCAAGACUGUUGUCUGUGUUGCAUGACGAAUCAAAGGCCAGCGAUAGACUUGGUUCUGCGCAAGCGUUGGCUGAAGUCGUUAGUGGUCUUGGUAUCAACAAGCUGGAGGAGAUCCUGCCAAUCAUCUUGGCCGGUGCUUCGAACUCUCGUGCCUUCAUCCGUGCAGGUUUCAUGCCAUUACUUUUGUUCCUUCCUGUGUGUUUUGGUAGUCAGUUUUCUCCCUACCUCAACCGUGUCAUCCCACCUGUUCUUGCUGGUUUGGCUGAUUCUGAUGAGGAUAUCAGAGAGACCGCUUUGCGUGCUGGUAGAUUGAUCGUGAAGAACUAUGCUACUAAGGCUGUGGAUCUGCUGCUACCUGAACUCGAGCUUGGUUUGUCGGAUGUCAAUUAUCGUAUCCGUCUCUCUUCUCUGGAGCUUACAGGUGAGCUGCUUUUCCAGGUCACCGGUAUCACCGGUAAGGCUGACUUAGCAGAAACCCAAGGCGAUGUCAUUGGAGGUGUCAAUAAGGCACUUAUCCAGGUUCUUGGCCAAGACCGUCGUGAUCGUAUUCUGGCACUUCUCUUUGUUUGUCGUUCAGAUACUGCCCUUGCUGUCCGCAAUGCGGCAGUUGACAUCUGGAAGGCUCUUGUGGCCAACACUCCACGUACCGUUAAGGAAAUCCUUCCUGUGCUAACUGGAGUGAUUGUCCGCCGUCUCGCCAGCUCAGAGGAGACUCAAAGGCAUACAGCAGCGCAAACUCUUGGUGACCUUGUUCGUCGUGUUGGUGGUGAUGCUCUAUCUCAGUUGCUUCCAACCUUGGAACAAGCUCUGGUUUCCAGUGACUCUGACUCUAAACAGGGUAUCUGUGUUGCUAUUAACGAGCUCAUUGAGUCCUCAUCAGCUGAGAGUGUUGUGGCUUACCAGGAUACGUUCGUCAGAAUCAUCAGGGAUGCUUUGGUGGACUCCAACGAAAACGUUCGUGAAUCAGCAGCAACGGCUUUUGAUGCUUUGCAAGAGGUGAUUGGAAACUCUGCUGUUGAUGAGGUCAUUCCAGGUUUGUUGGAUAUGCUCAAUAAUCCAGAGAGUUCAGGAAAUGCUCUGGCUGCUCUUCAAGAGAUCAUGAAUGCCAAUGCAGACUUGAUUUUGCCAAUCCUGAUUCCAACGCUGACGGCUCCGCCUUUGGAUGCCUUCAAAGCCCGUGCCCUUGGUUCUCUUGCUGAGGUGGCUGGAGCAGCCCUUUACAAGCGCCUCGCUACAAUCAUUAAUUCGUUGAUCGACGCUCUCAUUGCCACAAAGAAAGAUGAUGAUAAGACACACGAUGUGGUGCUGGAGUCUCUAGACAAGAUAUUGGUUUCUGUUGAUUCUUCAGAAGGAUUGCAUCCUUUGUUGCAGAAUAUCCUUUCCACCAUGAGACACGAAGACUCAAAGAGAGUUGCCGCCAUCUAUGAGGCUCUCCCAGCUUUCUUCGACAACAGCACUUUGAACUUCUCGCAGUACACUGAGGAUCUUGUGGAGCAACUGAUCACUGAACUGGACAACGAGGACGAAGAUGUGGUUAAAAACUCGUUCGAGGCCUUGUCGUCAUUGAUCAGCCAACAGAGCAAAGAAUCUCUCGAAAGUCUUGUCAGACCUGCAUACAGAGUGCUUUCCAUCACUGGAGCGGCUAACUCAGAUUUGCGUGCUUUCACUCUUCCAAAGGGUCCUAACUGUGUUUUGCCUAUCUUCUUGCAAGGGCUCAUGUAUGGAACCAGCGAAGUUCGUGAGAUCUCAGCUAUGGGUAUUGCCAACAUCGUGGAGAAGACACCUGCUGCCAAUCUCAAGCCUUUCAUCACUGCAAUUGUUGGUCCUCUCAUUAGAGUUGUUGGUGAACGUUUCAGUGGUGACGUUAAAGCAUCCAUCCUGUAUGCUCUCAACAAGCUUUUCAGCAAAAUUCCACAGUUCUUGCGUCCUUUCAUUCCUCAAUUGCAGCGUACGUUCGUCAAGUCUCUGUCUGAUCAGAGCAAUUCUUUGUUACGUCUUCGUGCUGCCAAAGCUUUGGGUUCUCUGAUCCAGUACCAGCCUCGUGUGGAUCCUUUGGUCUCUGAGCUUUUAGCCGGUGCUAAGUCCACAGACGAGGUUGGAGUUAAGACUGCAAUGCUCAAUGCCUUGCUUGAAGUGGUGAACGUUGCCGGCUCUAAGAUGAGCGAGGCCUCGAAACUCGGUGUUCUUUCUCUUGUCGAAGAAGGCUUUUCAGAGGCAGCUGAUGAUUCUGUCGUUGCCAAUGCCCGUUUGAUCGGUAUUUUAUCCAAAAUCCUGACUCCAGAGGAGGCUUCGAGAUUGCUCAAGACGAAGGUCUUGGAAUCUCCACUCGCUGGUGAUGCUGGCAAGUUCAGCAUCUUGACCCUGAACGCCUUCUUGAAAGAUUCUCCAAGUCACGUUUUCCAACCUGAAUUGUUACCCGAAAUUGUCGAAUAUCUCGUCAGGGCCACAGAUGCUACAUUGCCAUACAUCAGUGAUAACGCUGUAUUGGCAUGUGGUAAGCUGUUGCUGAGCUGUGGAAAGGAGGCAGAUGGUGUUACCAUGCAGCUUGAAGGAGAGGAACUCGAAGCUUUGGCCAAACAACUGUCCAAGACUGCAGUUAAGCCUGAUUCAAGUUCCUCGGACACCAGAAGGUUGUCGCUGGUAGUUUUGCGAACCGUUUCAAGAUUCCAUUGGGAUUCAAUGAUUGCCCCUUUCAUCUCGUUGAUUGCUCCGGCUGUGUUCCUAUGUGUUAGGGAUUCUAUUAUCCCAAUAAGACUCGCUGCAGAGAAAUGUUUCCUGGCCAUCUUCAAUUUGGUUGAUGAUCAAGAGAUGGUUUUCUUCACUAAAUGGUUUGACGAUGUUUCCGCCGCAGGAGCCACUAUUGAUGAUCCUGUUGGAGGCUCUGUUCAGUUGAGAUCUAUAGGCGAUUUCGUUAGAAGAGUGGCCAAGAGACUAGCGGGUGUGGAGCGUGAGAGAGUGAUCGCUGGAGGUGAUGAAGAGGAGAUGUUUUCCGACAGAUUUGAAGAUGAGAGAGAAAUCUGGUCCAUUGGUGGUGUUGAUUUGUCCGCAGAAUGA